AUGGCCAGUGAAGCAGAGGAAAAAUGGGAAGGAAAGGUCAGUGCCCAAGUGAGAUGCUCUAGUCCUGACCAGGUAUGGCCCCUCCUGGAGGAUUUCUUCAGCCUGCACAAGUGGAUCCCGUCGAUAGACAUGUGCUACGGAGUCGAAGGCUUGUCGGGUCAACCAGGAUGCAUCCGAUACUGCUCCAUCACAAGAAGCUCCACCGAUGGUUUGGAGGAUGCGGUCACAAACUGGGCCCUGGAGAAGCUGCUUGCGACUGACCCCGUCAACAAAAGCUUCAGCUAUGAGAUCGUGGACUGCAAUCCCGUUGGGUUCAAAUCAUUGGUCGCGACAAUGAAACUGACGGCGAUGGGAGAUGUGAAAGGAGAAGAUGUCGGAUGUGGAAUGAGCUGGUCUUUUGCGGUGAAUCCGAUUGAAGGAUGGACGGAGAAAGCGUUGACGGAGUUCUACGGUUCUGCUCUUCGAGUCAUGGCUGAAAGAAUAGAAGCUGCUCUAUCGAGCCAAGGGGAAUGA